AUGGCAUUCAACGCCAAAAACUUACAAUACAACAAACAAGAACCAUCCUUCCUCCGUAAGUUGAAAGGGGAAUACGGCGGUCUAGACGGGAGGUCAAAUGUCCAGAUCGCCAGACCCAAAAAGGACCGUCUGAAAACCGGCGAUGGGGAUGAAGACGAACCACUCAUCGUGGACGAAUCAGGCGAGACGGUAGAGAAGGCCGAAUUUGAGAGGCGACAAAGGCAAGGCAGUCAAACCGUCCUCGAGGAUGGGUCGAGCACCGAGAAGGCCGAACGUGACAGUAAAGGAGGAGAGCAGCAGCAGCAGCAAAGCGAGAGACAGAAAGUCACGGAGAUCGGGUCAUCCGCGAAUGCUAAAAAGAGGAAAGUCGGGAAAGUAGUGACGAGCGACGAGGUUGAUGACCAAGGAGACGGGAAUGCAGAAGAUGGUCAGUCGAAGACGAAAAACGCACAGAAGCCAAAGUCGGAAGACAAGGAUGGCCGGGAAGUGAAGACGCCAAAGAAGGAUCAGCCCAAGAAGAAGGGCAAGAAGAUCAAAUUGUCGUUUGACGAUGCGGAAGGAUGA